CAACACAUAUCCAAAAUGGCUUGCGGCACCUCCUCUCUCGUCAACCGAAACGGCCCUGGUAGCGCCGCUACCUCCAUCGCCGAGUCUAUCAUCAAGCCUGCCGAGGCUACGGGCACCAAGACAAAGUGCAUCGAGUGCGGUGACUACGAAUGCUGCUGUAUCCCCUGCACCAUUCUGUAA